AUGCAGAGCUCCGAAGCUGUGAAAAGUGUUUUUCAGGAUACUCAUUUGUUAUCUACAAGUCUAAAUCGACCAGAACCUACGCGAUAUACCAAAACAACAACUAAUCAGCGACCAAGACCUGUGUCAGGUGAGUUAUUCAUCGUAAGCUUCUAAGCUAACAACCUAGCGUGUUUAUUUGUUUAUAAACAUUCAGUCAGAACAAGUGGAAAGACUUACGUUAGACAGUUGAGAGGAUUUUCCCAGAUAAUGAAAGACUGAUUUCAACUGUUGCGUAGUUUUCAUUGCGAUACUAUACGUAUUUUAAUAACUUUUCACUCGCCUCUUUCACACUGCUUAACAUACAAAUGUACGCGCUCUAAUUAGACAAAAAAAGGAGGGUGGACUUUGAGUUCGGGAAUUAAUUUAGAGAUGUUAUUCGUUUUGUAAGGAAAGAAACUGUCACUCCCACAACCCCACAAGGAUUCAAACCUCAGACUUACGGAUUUCGCACACUUGAGGCUUUAAGCUGAGUUAGCCAUUCUAAAUUAGUCUUUAUAUACUUGACAACUGAGCUCAAUUUUAACUCUUUCUUCGUAGUAUAAAAUUACAUGACACUUUGGACAUUGUUGAUCCUAACAGUACUGUAUAACGCAGGGUGCUUUUCACGUCGCCUAUAAUUUAGAAAUCAUCAAGCUCACUUCCUGGACAAGCCUGUUGACUGCAAGUGAAAUAAUAUUGCCGAGAAAUUUGGCAUAAAUUCCCAAAAUGUUGCAUUACAACACAGUAAGGCAGCCAAUUUUUCCUACACCAUUUGGGAAAAAUACUGACAGUGUUGUAACCUUUCUUGUUUAUAGCACCCCCUGCCAGUCAGCAACCUCGUUGGAGACACCCAAACUCACCUGAACCGAAAAGGGCAAGAAAGUUCCAUGUGAGCCUGUACCACACCCCAUUUGAGAGCAAGACAAGUAAAAAGGCUCCCUUUGCUCCAAGAGCUACAAUUGGCGGCAGUUCCACUCUGCGUGGAAAAGACUUUUCUCCAGCAACAUAUAAUUCUCUGAGUGACCCUCAUUUGAACCCAUACUUUUCAAGAAAGUUUGGAAAAAGUGCAUCUUUGAGGGAGUCAGGACCAUCCAAAACAAGGGUGUGUGUAAUGUUUUGGUGUUUGUUCCUGCUGAAAAUAAUUUCACGUCAAAAGAAAAUUCAAUUGAUUGUGAAGGGUCAAUUGGCAAAUGAAUACUGUACAUAUUACAUCAGAAAUAAUUAGAGACAGUAAAAAUCAAAAGGAGAACUCAAACUCAUUUUCAACUGCUAAAACUCCACUUGACAUAAAUUGUAAACUCAGAUGAUGUUUGAAAGAGACUGCUGUCAGCCAAUUUUACACCCUAUCAUCAGAAUGUCUAUUCCUCAUACUGUUCUCUACACAUUUCCCAAAGUGCUUACAAGGAGAGUUUAUUUAACAAUCUGGAGCAUCUUUAGUUGAUAAUUAUUUCCUUAAAUCUUGCAACUUAAAUGUGUGAUUCAGUGAUGAUGUUGUAAGGAAAAAUGAGAUGCUGGUCACCAAUAGGGUUCAAAGCUUUGAAAGAAAAAAGGUAUAAAUGACCCGUGGGUUUGACAUAAGAUGAACAAGGCUUGUAGAGUAUCUGAAUUAGAAAGAGAAGGUAAAGUUCCUUCUCCAAACUACUUUUUGAGUACUUAAUAUGUACUUAAACUAUAGAAAGACACAAUUAGUUAUUUAGGAAUUUCAUGUGCAAUUCAUUUUUGGAGGUAAUGACUUGAUAAUUGUGCAUGCAGUAGUAUUAAUAGUUUAACCUUAGAGCUUAAUAUGUUUGGUUUGUGAUUUUUUAUUAGGGAAGACGAAGUACCAGUGGAAAGACAAAGAAAAAAGGUUUUGAAUCAGGAUUUUUCUUCUUUUUGUUAUGAACUUUAAACAUAUUAUUUCACAAGUACAGCAGCUGUACAUUAAGUCAUGUACCAUUUACAGGUUGUUUAACUUGAUAAGUGCAGUGGUACUGAACAUGUGCUGGUACCAUUCAAUUGAAAAGGAAUCUACCUAGUUCAACUUCACAAUAGCAGUAAUCAUGUAUUUAUUUCAUUAAAUAAUGACAUCAAUUUUAGCAAAUGUAAUUGUAAUACAUUUUCUUGAAGGGUUAGUGUUCAUCUUGGUAAUAUGUAUGCACUGGUAAAUAUAACUGACCACUCUCCAACCUGGGCAUUUUAUGUCCAAAGUAAACAAUCAGAGAUGCAAUUAGAAAUCCUAGCAGGCAAGAGGCAAACAUUUAGCUGUUAGUAGAUUGCAGGGAAGGAUUACAACAUUGAGGAAUCAAGAAAACCAGAUUACAUGUCCUGCAUGUACCCCCUCAUCUUUCUAACAUUUUCCCUCCUCAAGAUCAUUCCCAUUAAAUGCAAUUUUCAAUCACAUAUUUUGUGCAGGUGGAGUUACAUUCAAAACUAUAGUGAAAACUGGAGCCAAGAGAAAUGGUGGCACAGAUGCAAAGGUAUGAGAGAGAGGGAUGAGACACUCUAUAGUCUUGCAGUUUAAAUGUGCCAGAAUUACUAAUUUUGAAAUUAUUAGACCAGUUUACUUGAGGUUUGACACCCUCACUUGUUUUAUUAGGUGACUUAUUUUAUAUCACUGUACCAGUACAUGUAGUAUGAUUUCUGCCCAAAUCACCAUAAAAAUAAUGUCAUAAGAUAAGCAUAUGAUGCAAUGUAUAUAAUUAUAUAUAUAUAGUGCAUGUAAUUGCAGCUAUCACUCCAUGUGGUACUUUGCAGUUAUAGCCUUUAUUGAUUUACAGCAUUAUCAAUGAAAUAUCACAAAAAGAUUUUGCUUUCUUAAGAAUCAAGAAUGACUUUUUUCAUUUUGAGAGCUAAGAAAGAGAGCCAACUGUGUUUGUAGCACAAUAAACCCUGGAGAGUUGUUUAUGUCUUCUUUCUUUUUCAGAACACAAGAUUAAUGUUCAUAUUGUCCAUAGGUGCUUCCAGCAAUUUAAUGAAUAACUGUAUUUGAUUUGUCUCACAGGUUUUUGCAGAAUUUCGGGGAACAAAAGGCAAGUUUACCAGACAACUCACUCACCAAAUGGAUUCUGCUGUACCAUCAGCGUUUAUAGCAACAUUGCCACCAUUCCAAUUCCACUCAGGAAGCACUGAGACUUUUACUGUGAAGGGACCUGAUAUUGGUGACCUUAUACAGCUUAUUAUUCAGGUACAAGACUUAUAUUGACCAAUCUUUCACUGCUAAUAUUUAAAAAUUAAUCCCUAAGUGCAUGUUGGAUGUGAGGUGGGCUAUAACCAAUCCCAUAUUCAACAAGGGUGAAUGGAAUAACUGUUUUACUAAAUUUCAUUAAAUCCUGAUUGUUUAGAUAUUUGGAGCCUUUUUUGGGCUUGGCAAAAGUUGGUGCAAUGCUUUUCUGUAUAACUUGAGUCAGAAUGUGAGCUGCUCCUAUGGAGAAGAUGUUCUUUCCUUCUCACACAGAAAAACUUCUUAUUUUUCAGUAUCAAAGUACAGGACAAUACAUUUAGACAUGGUACAAUAAUACAAUUCACCAAACUACUGUUACCAAAUCACUAUAACAAAACAUACAGUCAUGUAUUUUUAUUAUAACACACACCAAAGAUUAGAAUAUGAAUGAAUUUGUCACAUAGCUAUUAUUAAUAAAGUGUGCCCAUUUUGUGAUUUUGUUAUAAAGACUCAACUGUGGAAUUUUUUUUUCUCAGCAUGAUGGCCGUGAGCGGAAACAAGGAUGGUUCCUGGAUGAAAUCCAAGUGACAAACCCUCAGAAAUCAAAAUCUUGGACAUUCCCAUGCUAUCAAUGGUUGUCUUUGUAUGAGAGUGAUUGUCAAGUAAAACGCUGUUUAAAACCACUGGUGCACAAGAAAGCUGAAAAAGUUGGUAUGUUGGCAGUUACAUGAUAUAUAUAAUUCUAAAUACCAUAUUUCCUUGAAAGAGUGUGCAUGUGCUUAUUUAAAAUCUCAGCUAAAAGGGGGGCACUUUUUAGAAGGAGGGUGCCUAAUUGAGGGGUCGAUUAUUAUGUAAGUGCAGCCGUAGAACAAAAAUCAAAAGACAGAUAAUGCACCUACAUGUAAAGGAACUCUGCAAACACAUAAAGAUAAAAAUACAAGUAACUGGAAAGGAAAAAAAAACUAUUCUCCUGUAGUUGAAGCUUAAAAAGGUAUAAAUAAAGUGGCAAUAGAAUCAGGAUUUCCUUGUAGUCCGACUAUUUAAGAAGGUGAGGGAGGACAGGGUGGGGUGCAUUUAUUCAAGGGGGGCAAUUGUUUGAAAUUACGGCUUUGGGGGUGGGUGCUUAUUUGGGGAUGAGGGUUAUAUAAAAGUGUGGGCUUAUUCAAGGAAAUGGGGUAAUCAUUGUGCAAGAAUUUGACACAGUACAACAUGUACAUUAGGGCAUUGUUUUUUCCAUUGAUAACACACUGUACAUGUACAUUGUACUCUGAAGCUGCCUUCUUUAAAUCAUUUGUUUGAUUGACAGUUUACGUAAUAGAGGUAUACACUGGGGACAAAGCUGGUGCAGGGACAGAUGCUCAUGUGUUUAUUACGUUGUAUGGCAAGAGAGGACAAGCCCCUAAAACACAACUUAUCAGCAGGUACAGGUUUUAGAUUUUGGUUUUUUUUUUUAUUAUAAUUAUUUUAUGUACUUAUUGGCCAUGCAUUGUUAUAGAUAAUUAAUCCCCUUGCAUGUACUAUUGGCCAUUACUUGGUGUCAUUCUUCCCUCAUAGACUAAAACAGGAUUCAGCAGUUAUUUUUUUUCCAGGUUAAUUGGUUAGUUUUUAAUUCUCGCAAAUAAUUUCUGCCAUUUUCCUUUUCUGUUCUUCUGCACCCAACAGGACUGAUGAUGCUUUUGAAAGGAAGAAAAAAGAUGUUUUCAAAAUCAAAACAACUGACCUUGGAUCCUUGAAGAAGUUAACGUAAGCAGUCUGUAUAAAAAAAAUAAUUUUCUAUUGUUUGACGUUAAAAAUACAAUUGAAAGCAGCUGCAUGAAAAAACAAACAAACAAACAGAAAAACAAAAACAAACAAAAAAACAAAAAGUUACAUGUAAGUGAUACUGCCAAUACUUAUGCAUUGCAUUGUGGAUCUUAGCAAUUGUGGAGUGAAAUUAAUAUUUGCAGAUGUAGUGUUAAAUGCUACUGAUGAUAACAUUAAAUUGAUGAAAUUCUUAAAUCUCACAUUCUUUUAUAAACCAAUCAGUUGCCUUUAUCUCUCAUAAUUUUCAUGGACCGUAAGAGGAUUAAAUAUUCUUUUGUUUUUCAUCAUUUUGUAGCGUGGAACACGAUAGUUUUGGUUUUUCUCCAGGAUGGUUUUUGGACAAGGUACAGUACCUAUGUUUUAAAUAGCAAUACACUAGUUGGAAGUCUAUUUGUUAUGCGAGACAGCACUGAAAAUUGCACUUUUUGGCUGUUCAUUUACCCUGAUUUUAAUGAUAAUCACCUACGUGUGUACAAAUUUCUUUCAGAUAAUAGUGUACUGUCGUGAGAGAGAAGAUCAGAAAUUCUAUUUUCCCUGUAAUCAGUGGCUGGCCAAGGAUGAAGGUGACGGAAUGACAAGGAGGCAGCUGACGGCUUCAACAGAUUCUUCAGCUGUAUUUCAAGGUUUGUUACAUUGAAUCCCAGAAGAAUCAAUUAAAGUUCAUGUUGUUAGAAACAGAAAGCAUUCCUAUAAUCAAUAAUUCUAUGAUAUCUCUCGGAUGUUGUUUUUUACACAAUUUUUAUGUUCAUAUACAACAAAAAUCAAACUGAUACGAGUGUGUGUUCUGUUCCUUUUUUUUUCCCUUUUUUUUGUUAUCUAGGCCACCGAUAUCUUGUUCACACGUACACUGGUGACAAGAGAGGAGCUGGAACUGAUGCUAAUGUUGUAAUUACCAUAUUUGGAGAAGAUGGUGACUCAGGGGAGAAGAAGUUGGAUAACGCAAGAAAUAACUUUGAACGUGGAAAGUAAGCGGUGUAUUUAAAGACUAACUGCAAAUGUGUUUGUGACAUGUAUGAAUGCAGUACACUUCUCGUAAUAGCUCUUGAGGGAUUUCCUAUAAGCCUCAGACUGUAUUACCAUAAAAAGAAAUAUAUAAUGGCCGCUUUGUAGAGAAUAACAACUUGGUUGGCUCCGCACUGAAAUAUUUCACUGGACAUAGAAAUGAUGUUAGCAUACUCCUUGAAGGAAGGAUUGCCAUCAAAUUCCUGGGAUGUUCCUACACAUAUUUUGGCAUCAGAGUGAUUCGAUAAUACAUACAUUUAGCCAAGCCUAAAAGCGGAGCACGCAUUUUUUUCCCGCACGUCUCAAGGGCACAACGCCUUGCCCCGGCCAGGACUAGAACCCGGGUCGUCCGACUCGGAGUCCAGUGCACUGACCACUGAACUAUUGGACAAAGCCGUGGCGUUGGCGUGCCCGCGGUACAGUUAACCGCGCAUGUUAAAAGUAGCACCUUGUACGGUCGUACGAUCGUACGGUCGUACAUCCAAAUUUUUUCGGCUUGAUGGGUUACUGCUAUUUUGUAUAAUUAUGGAGCUACGCUCUGCGAGCUCCGCUAUUAUUUCAGAUCUGUUAUAACCUUACCAAAUUUAUUUGUUACAUGGAAAGUCAUCACGAGAAGUUUCCGUUUGAUUGUAUCUGAGAGUCAAAGGGUUGCAGUUGUAUGUAACUGUGCUCUAUUUUCAGGAAAGAUUCCUUUAAGGUCAUUUGUGGAACAAGUCUUGGACGCCUGACCAAGAUAAGAAUUGGACAUGAUAACAGUGGAUUAGGGCCUGGCUGGUUUUUGAACAAGGUUAGUUCAUUUGAUAACAGCCAUCGUGUAGAUGUAUACAACACAAAUAAAUAGAACUUUUCGCAUGCGCUGACUUAGCUGGUUCGGAAGUGAUUAGCUAGCAAUGUUCACCUACCGGCGGCUGAGGAGAGAAAUCGCGCAACAAGAGUUUUAUUUUUGACCAUUUCUCGGUAUACAGAUAGAAAUAGGCAAAGUUGUUGGUUAUUUACUUAAACAAUUAUUCACCUUAGCUUCUUUGAAAGUGGUGGACAUUCACCUCCACUUCGGUAAAUUAUUCUUUUGAAAGUAUAUUAUCAGUAGCGAUAAGUCAAUUACAGUGUACUGCUUGAUGUCACCAACGAAGUUUUCACGUUGUAAAUUAGUUUUAUUUCCACUUGUUUCCUUUUCCAGGCAACUGUCGAGGAUCCCAGUACAGGAGAAGCUGUUGGUUUUCCUUGCCGACGCUGGUUUGCUAAAAAUGAAGAUGAUGGUCAAAUCUCACGUGAACUGAUCCGAGCAGACGCCAAAGAUGGUGAUUUAGUUGUUGACAAAGGUCAGAGCUACUUUCUUGUCGAUCGUAACAAAUGUAACAGAUUAAUUUAGUAUUAUCAACUGAGUUGAUAACGUAAAUUAGCAACCAUAAAGAGUUUAAAGCUGACGUUUCAAAUGUAGAUGAUCAUGGUAACAAAUGUAACACAGACGUUGGUUAUGAAACAGGUUCACGGCGGGCUUUUGUCAUCAUACGACCUUGAGUAGAGAAAAAAUACUUUUUUCGCUAAUUAAUUCAAUCCCAUUUUGCAAGAAUGCUAUACGCUUUCAAAUUUUAACCAAAAAGAUAUGAUAAGGCUAAAUGGUAGAAAGUUGAAAAAGUGUUUUGCGCAACCUUUGCUUGCGAAGAUAUUGAGUAUCCUGGAAAUGAUCUCUAUCAGAAUUUCCACACGGUACUCUAUCGAACGAAGGAAUACAUUGACUUCCGAAGUUGAAGUUGUCAAAGUUCAUAGAAUGUGGUUUUGUUUUUGAACUGGUAGGAAUUCCCUAUCAUAUUCAUGUCACAACUGGAGACGUCAGAAAUGCGUCGACUAAUGCACGUGUUUAUGUCAUCCUUCACGGAGGGGAAGACGGCGAAAACAACAGUGGCAAACUGUGGCUUCAGAAUGAAGAGAAAGACAACUUUCAAAGGGGAAGGACGGACAUUUUUACUGUAGAAACAGCAGAAAUGCUGAGUCCCUUGCAUCAUUUAAGCAUUGGUCAUGACAAUAGUGGUCUUGGUGCAGGAUGGCACUGUGAGAAGGUAACUGAAAUUUAUGUAUUAAACUGUGUAUCAAAACCAAAGAAAUAACAAUGCGGAAAGAAGGAAAAAUCAAAAUUAAAAGGAUCAAUAGUUAACGUGGACACCCUCAAGUGAGCAAGAGAUGCAACAGACCAAGUGCCAAUUGGUUUUAAUCAAUUUGCACCUGACUGGUUGAGAGGGUUCAUAACAUUCCUGGAUCAAUCACCGAGCGAAAAACAGAAAUACUAUUGUAAUGAGUAACCCAUGCAAUUGAGUUCCCUGAAGUCCCGCUGCCUUCACAUGACUCUCGCAUAGCUAAAAGGAUGUGUGAAACUGCUAAGCAAGCCAUGUAGAGUUUUCAUCCUGCAUUGAUUGACAAUGGUUAGAAAUGCCCAAUUUUUGAGUGUUUUGUUUUUCCCUCAGGUGGUUGUCGACUGCCCCAGCAGUGGAGAUCAGCAAGUAUUUUUGUGUCAGAAGUGGCUGGCCGAUGAUGAAGGAGACCAAUUGAUUGAGAGAGAUCUCUUUGAGUCUGAAGAUAUGAGAUUGAAAAGACGGCCAAGUAUGAUUCACAGUGUUCCCUUUAUUUUUGUUUCAUGAAAACUGAUAUCCACCUAGAAGAGAACAAUUCUCAAACGUCAGAGAAAAAUACUACGCAUUUGUAAAUUCAAAAGCAUUUGCUUCGCACCUGUCCAUAUACAUGUAAGCAAUGAACAUGAGAACGUCAGGUCCUUUCGGUUUUGCAUUCCUGUUGAAUGUCGUAGUCAAGGCAGUGCAAGGACAAACGAUAGACUACGCGUAAAAUUAUGGUAUUUUUUGGAGGAGAAUUUUUGUGUACUAGGGGCUGGUUUUUCUAGUACAGGAUUUAAAGGUCAAUCUGGUUUUGGUUUCUUAAGUAUUGAAGCGUUUAUUCCAGCUAAAACUCGCUCUGUGAGGUUUCAACUUAGUGCAGGGGUAAAGCAAGAUAAAUCGUGGUUUAAACAGCCAGGCACAAUGCUGUUGUAAAGAGGAGGACUUCACUGGGGAAAGGUGCUAAAAUGAGAACCGUUGGUAAGAGUGUUUUUCUUUUUCGGACAGAAACUGUGUGGAAUGUCUGGCUAUGGACAAGUGACAUGAGAGGAGCUGGCACAGAUGCUAAUGUGUUUAUGACAUUGUACGGAGACAAAGGCAAGACUGAUGAGGUACCGCUUGGAAAUGCCACUGACAACUUUGAGCAGGGACAGCUUGAUAAGUUUAAGGUAAGUUCUGAUCACUCUUCUCUUCUGUUGUCCAAAGUGCUCUUUAUAUUCAUGGAAGUUUUAAACUUUUUCCACGUUUUUCCUCCCUGUUGAGCAGCUUAUAUUCUUUGUUUAGCGGAUCUUAAUCACAUGCAUAAUUUGAUCAUUGCCAUGUAUUCAAACUUACACAAAACAAUAUUUCCCUUGUCAUUCCUCAAUGUUCUGUGUUUUUUUUUUCUUUUUAUGCUAGGUUGAACUGACUAGAGUCGGAAAACCAUACAAGCUGAGAAUACGACAUGAUAACUCAAAAGCGUUUUCUGACUGGCAUUUGGAAAAGGUAAGUCCGUCUGUCCGCCUGUGUUUUGGUACACUUAUUUGUCCCUCCGCCUGCCUGCCCGCCCGCCCUCCCGUCCGUCCUCCCGUCCGUUUGUCAAUCAGUUAAUCAACGAAUAGAAUAAUCGAUAACAACUUUGAGUUUGCGUAUAGUUUGCGCAUAGUUUACGAAUGUGCUGGUACAUUGUAAUAGUAAAGACUUGAUUUCUACUUUGUUCUGUUUUUUAUUUUUUUGUUUUAAAACGUUUUGUGCGAUUAAUGGGUAAGAAAGAACUAGACCUAAGGGCGUAAAAGAGUCUUGGGGAGCUUCUCACGCGUAAUACUCUUUACGUGCUCGCCGCGCUCGCCUCGCGUUGGAUUCCGGCUGCAUAAAAAAUGCCAAAGAUGGCGCCUGUUCAGCACACCACUAACUUUGUAUUCUUUGCAAUGAAAACAGAGAGAAGUUGUGAUAGCACCGUUCAUUUAAUGAUAGUCAUAGCCAGCUGGGGCUGUGUUUAUUUAACGAUGAACACUCUUCCUUUUGUGGAUCAAAAUGCAUUCACAUUUUGAUAUGAAAAGAUAGACCAUGAAACAAGCUUACCAAAUGUCGGUUUGAUUUAUUUUGCUUAGAUCCAAAUGGAAAAUGUCAAAUCAAGUAUUAAGUGUUCUUACAAGUGCAACCGCUGGCUGUCUAAGAGUGAGGACGACCAUCAGAUUAUUCGUGAACUGCCAGCAAUCAUCCAAGGAAAAGAACCUUUACCUGGUAAUGAAUAAAUUCAAAGUUUUAUUAACAACGACAAAAACAGCAAUUCUUUCUUUCUUUAGGUGUUGAAGCUGAUGAAAAUAAUGAAAAAUGAUAGUAAUUAUAGUAAUAAUAAAUGUAUGUUUGAACUUAGAUUUAAUAGAGCACAGCUACUACCAGCUAAUUCUUUAAAAAUUAAACCAGCCAAUCCAUUUGAAGCUUCUUAUGAAAAUAAUCUUGAUUUAAUGUGCGUUUUCUGUUUUACUCUUUUUAAUCUUUUCAGUGUACGUUUACCAUGUUUAUGUCCACACCGGUGACAAACGAGGCGCUGGUACAAAUGCCAAUAUAUUUUUUAAUAUUUUUGGUGAGUUGGGGGACACCGGAGACAGACCUCUGGAAGAAUCAAAAACUAACAGGAACAAAUUUGAGAGAAAUCAGGUAAUUUGUAAAAUAUUUUGUUUUCGUACUGUUGAUAUUUCUUUGAAGCUGGGUCAUGCGUUAGGAUCAGUCCAAAAGCAUCAAGACAUCGAUAGUCAGUGUUUCUUCGUAGCUGGUUUUUUCUCUACUCGCCUGAACGGCUAUAAAUCUUGCGUAAAGUUCUGCGUGAAUCUUGAAUCCGUUAUCUUUCAAACAUAUUCUGCAUUGUGUGGACAAAAACAAAUCACGCAGCGGUGUUUUAUCUCAAUGUAUGAAAAACCAGAAGAGUACAAAGUAUUAAUAAGAAACCUCUCUAAAACAAUCAAAGACUUGCAUUAAUCGUGGGUAAGCUUAACCAUGUUUUCCAGAACCAUACAUGUGCACGUAAUUGCCCCGUUGAGAGUGUUUUCCGUGAUAUCCAGUUUUGCGCGCAGUUAUCAACUGUGAUGUAUGUUGACCUCUUUACUUGUGUCUGAAGGUGGAUGAGUUCCUUAUCGAAGCAGUGUCACUAAAAACCCUCGAAAAAGUCCGUGUGGGCCAUGAUUCCACUGGGCCCGGAUCAGGAUGGUUCCUAGAUAAAGUUGUGAUAAAGGAUCCUGAGGACAACACCAAGGAAUAUGUGUUCCCUUGCAACAGGUUUGUUAUGAAUAUCUAUCACGGAAACCUUUCCUUCGACUGACGUUAUGACUACGUAUGACUGCGUUACGAUUACGUAUUGGGCGUUCAUUUGUUUCGUGGGCUCACUUGCAGGCCUUAUUGGCCCACUCUGGGACAGGGUAAUUAUUGGGAGGAGGAGAUUGGGCUUACGGUAAGACUCUUUUCAAAGACAAAUCGCAUAUUCGGGACGGGUUGCAUGCAUGCACUGUAUCUCGUUGCAUUUCCUUUCUCCUUUAAGUUUUUCGGUGGCAUACCCUGGGUGUAGCCAGGGAAGGGGGUAGCUGAGGCACCGGUGUCCCCCCCCCCUUUGUAAGCCUUUUUCGGUAACAUAUGACAUAGGGGUCGACAGGGCAAUCUAGUGAGUACACUCUGUUUGACAGGGUGACCCCCCGCCCCCCUUUGAAAAAUCCUGGCUUAAUUGGCGAAGUGAGUAGUUAAGCAAACUUAUUUGGUUUUGAAUUUCAAGAGUAAGGUUAGGUCGUUCUUUGAUUCCAUCGGUGGCUCUUAAAUUUGUUUUGAAAUUUUUUUAUAUGUUUUGUUCUUAAAUUGUAGGAAUUUUCAAGAUCCAUUCAGGCUUCCCUUUCCCUCUCUUUUUAGCACUUUGUAUUGUUUCAUAUUUAUUGUGUGAAGUAAAACCGAAAGCAAUUUUUAAAAAUGUAAUGAUCAAAACAGAGUGUUGAACUCAGACAAACUCUCCCAAGGGAGCUUACUAUAUUCGCACUCGGUAUGAAGCUCAACAAUUGUGCUACUGACUGGCUUGGUGCUUCGUUCUGUUGCAGAUGGUUGGCAAAAGAUGAAGAUGAUGGUUUGAUAGUCAGAGAGCUCCCCCUUGGUGGUACAAGUCUGCUCAAUAGUACGUCAGUUGUAUUUAUUUACUCCGCUAUUUCAACAUGUCCUACUUCCAGAUCCUACGCACGGUUACUUUCGUCGCAGUUGUGCGCAGUCUUUGGCAUAGAUGCUUGAAAUCCAAACGGUGACUGGAAAUUUUUUUUUUUUUCUUGCAGCCACUUCGUAUCUAGUAUCUGUAAGGACUGGUGAUGUUCGUGGCGCGGGUACGGAUGCCAAUGUUUUUGUUCAAAUUUUUGGCGCUAAAGGUGACACUGGAAAGUUACAACUGAGAAGCGCUGAAAACACGAAAAACAAGUUUGAGCGAAGCAGGACUGACCAGUUUGUGCUGGAGGCCGUGGACAUUGGAAAGGUGGGUAAUGACAAGGGAAGAAACAAACACGCACAACCUCUCUGUUAGUGUUAAAAGACCUAAGUUUAAGCAGUAUGCAGAAACCUCAUAACGUUGAUAUGGAAAGGAGGCAGAAUGGCCUCCAUCUAAAUGGGGGUCCAGAGUUCUUGAUUUCAACCCGCUGGCCACAGUUUUAAAUGCCACCGUGAUUGUCAGGGUUAUUCUUCUUGGCAGAGUCGCGCUCGGCACAUCAGUCAUGAUUGAAAACAGUCAAUUGGUUUGCCUGCGGCCAGUUUGUGUCUUGAUGCUUUUCUUUUAACUUCUAGGGUUAUUAGUGACUUUCCUUUUUUUUUUUUUUUUUUUUUUUCUUGUUUAAUUUGUUUGUGUUUUCAAUAUCACGUUCCUAGCCUGUUGUGUUUUUCCCGAAUGAGGUCAUAGCUCAGAGCAUCCGUCCUUUUUCGCGAAUAUCUCUGUCCUCGGUUUCUCAAUGUGUUGUUUUCUAGGAUUCAUACACCAAACUUGGUACAAUCACUUCAUAACGGCAGUAGAUUCCUUGAGGGAACCAAAUAUGCUGGCUCCGGUUGUUCGAGGCUUGGUUAACGCUAUCCACUGAAUAAUCUCUAUCCGGUGGAUAGCGCAGUACGUUUUAAUAUCACUUAUCCACUGGAUAGCGGUUUAUCCCUUAGAUAUCGUUAUCUGCGCUUUAUGCAACUAGGCCCUAGUCAAGUUUAAUGCGGGUUUCUUGACUGAAUAUUUUCGAUGUAUUCUUCCCAUCAGGUUGAAAUGUUGCGUAUCUCGCAUGACAACAAAGGUGGUGCUGCUGGUUGGUUUCUUGAUAACGUCACAGUAGAUAUCCCUUCACGUGGAGAACACGUGGUCUUCCCAUGUCACCGCUGGUUGGCAGAUGAUGAAGACGACGGCAAGAUUGAGAGGGAGUUGUACCCAGGACAACAGACUCAGAGCAACCCAAGUAAUUUACGUUUUUGUUCCUUCAUUUUCCCGAGUAAUGCCUUAAAAGUAGUUUGUGGAACGUUCAUAUAAAAAAAGAUAGACACUAGAAUAUUGUUGUUUUUGUUUGGGUAGAAAUCCCUCACGAAGUGACGGUGUACACGGGUGACGUCAGAGGAGCUGGUACCAACGCAAAUGUGUUUCUUGUCAUGUAUGGCGAGAAGGGCAAGUCUGACCAGUUUGACCUGAGAAACAAGUCUGACAACUUCGAGAGAGGCCAGGUUGACAAGUUCAAAGUAAGUUCUGAGGAUAAGGUUAAAGGCUCGCUCCCAAGCUCUCCCUUCCAGGGGGGAGAGUAGACAGAGCCUGGAAACCAUCCGGUAGAGGGCAGAAGACAUAAGUAGGAAUUAUUUUUUUGAAGCGGCGAAUUUACCACGAUAUUGACGAGCAAAAUUGCUUGUACAGUGUGUAUAGAAGGCAACUGCUAUACGCUUUCUUGUUCCCAGUAUAUAGAAUUUUGCGUCAUAUUAUGAUAAUGCCUUGACACCUGACAAGUGUAUUCUUCUGUUUACCACUUUUCUGGAUAUUGUAUUGAUGUUAUAAGGAGAAGUUAUGUAUUUAUUGCCUCUGGGAGUACUAGGAUUCACCACUCAACCUUUUUUCUUUUAUCCACCAGGUGGAGUGCGAGGAUAUCGGACAGCUGGUAAAAAUUCGUGUUGGUCAUGAUAACAAUGGAAUGCGCUCAGCCUGGUUCUUAGAGAAGGUAAAAUGAUUCAGUCGAGUAUUAAAUUUACUGUAAACGACGCGUGGGCCAUUUGACUCGAAAAAACCUCCUUUGAUUAUUCGCGUUCAGCCAUGGCUGCAUGAAGUUUUGCUCUCUUGUUUAAAAGGUUGAAAUUCGCCGCGUGAAGCCCGAAGACAAAGAACCAAGCAAGAAACGAAGGAAUUCUGGGGAGGUUGAAGAGAUGAGUGAUGGAGAUGAACAUAAUUAUCUUUUUGUGUGUAACCGCUGGCUGGCUCGGGACGAAGACGACGGUCAGAUCGUGAGGGAACUGGUACCCGUGGACUCCAGUGGCAGACCAAGACGCGGCUCGCUUGCAGGUAACUUGAACAGAUGAGCCCAUAGUAUCAAGGUAUAGGACAGCGGCCGGGGUACGUGUGCUGAGAGUGCACAAGGUCGAAUGCUCAUUUGUUUUUUAUCUUUCAUCCAAAUAUUCUGUUAUACCUUUGAUAGAAAACACGUACCGUGUCCACGUACACACUGGUGAUGUUUCUAAUGCUGGAACGAAUUCCAAUGUGUUCAUCUGCUUGUAUGGUGAAUUUGGCGAUUCUGGAGAACGAAAGUUGGAUAAAUCUGAAACUCACAUGGACAAGUUUGAAAGGAAUAAUGUAAGAUCUGUAAUUAGGGCGUGUUUGUAGGUUAAAGCGAGGACUCCUAUGUCCUUAUGUAUAGUUUAAAUGCGUGUAUUUCACUUCAUUGUAACUGCAAAGAUAGAUUUGAUCAGUUGGGCAAUGGAAAGGAACCCAAUAAUCUUGUAUAUAUCGUUUUUGUUAUGCAGUGUGAUGAUUGACCAAUUAGUAACUUUAGCCUAUUCUCGUGCAAACACACGUUUCUCGUGAGUUCUCCUUUAUUUUGCGUAACUGGCGAUUUUGUAUUCGCCUUGAAGCGGUAAGUAGCGUAGCCGUAUGCACCCAAAACCGCCGGUUACGCUAGCUCUGUUCCUUUCGCUCACCUCGCUGCUGUGGUCAUAGAAAUGUUACUUGGUUUAUUGGUCAGAAGUCAAAAGUUUGGAAAAGUGUUGAAGUCGUAAGAGUCGUAAGAUUAAGAGUUUUACCACUUUAUUGUCGUACUUUCAUUGAAUAUGUAGCAAUCCUGCUUCCUUUUUUAAUCCAACACUUCUCGCGUAGGAUCAUUAUUACCUCAAGCUCUUAUUGGCGCUGAUAUCUGGUAGAUGUAUUUCUUGGUUUUUAGGAGGACAUAUUUUCGUUCAAUUGUGUCAACCUCGGCCCACUCAGUAAAGUCAAAGUGUGGCAUGAUAACAGUGGAUUAAAGAGCGCUUGGCAUUUAGACAGGAUCGAGAUCGAGGACAAACUAGCAGAGGAGAAACAUGUAUUUCCUUGUAAUCGGUGGCUUGCAACCAGCGAAGACGACGGCCAGAUUUGUCGCGAACUUGUUAAAGUUGACGAGCGAGCUUUGAAGCUGGAGAGAAAGAGGACUUUGUCCAGAAAAACAAGUGUUAUCUCCAACGUUGAUGGUGUGGAUCUUGAGGCUAAAGGUAUGUUGCCCUGUUACUUCUGCUUUUUAACGGAAACAGAUGAAAUCUUGGAAUUAUUUAUUGCUAAUUCGCAAAUUGAUUGAAACUGUUCACAUAAAGUCAGCUAAACCAGCCCGCGUGUGUUCUGGAAUCAUGCAUACCCGCCAUAACAUUUAGUACUUGUCAGUUGCAAAAAGAGAAAAAUCUAAUUUAUUGUUCUAGUGUAAGAUAUAAAUUUAGAAUGUGGAUAAGCAUAUCGUACAAUCAUGAUUAUUUUUUCUCUCAAUUUUAUUUCGCUGGUGUGUGGCCUCUUGCAGCUCGUAUCACGACCUACGAAGUCUCUGUUAUUACUGGUGACGUCAGAGGAGCCGGCACCAAUGCGAAUGUAUAUGUUAUUAUGUACGGAGCAGAAGGGGAUACAGGUCAGUCAAAUGAAGAGAUACAUCAUGUGCUCAACAUAAAAAUGAAGACCAUGUAAUGUAGCCACUCGGGGGAGAGCGUUCCCAAGUUCUAGUGACUGAUUUCCUGGCAAUCCGAGAGCAUGUUGAGGCGUCGAAGAUUUACCCAUCCUACAGGAUUCUGUUUUAUUUUUUUAUUCUGUUAUUUUAUUCUGGUUUGUUUUUAAAUUUGUGCUUGGAAGUCUUCUUGUCAUAACAUUUCUGUUGCCACUUAUUCGUCAGGCAAAGUUCCUCUCAAAACCUCGAAAACGUUCAGAAAUAAAUUUGAGCGUGGCCAAACAGAUGUCUUUACCGUUGAUGCCAAAGUUGGAGAAAUUGAAAAGAUCAGGUAAAAUGAUAAUGCGAGAUUAUGAGUAGAUAAAAAGAAGAAUUUCUGAGUUGUUUUUAGGUCUAAAGUGGAUACGCUUGCUCUAUGACAGCCUGCUUACUCCCAAAAGGAAGUGACGCUUGAAACAGCGUAAUUCUAACAUCAUGAUGGACUUUUUGCUUUCAAGUAUUUGGGGUUUGCAUUUUCUGGCAACCAUUAUUAGAUUCUGUCAAUGCAUAUUAUCUGAUAUGUUCAACAUUGUGUCAUUUUAUGGCCACCUGGAGUAACUUAACCAUCUCAACUUGUAAUAUCGUCAUUUAACCACUGCUCUUGCUGCAGGAUCGGCCAUGACAAUAAAGGUGGAUUUGCUGGUUGGUUCCUGGACAAGGUGAUUAUCGAUGUUCCUUCCCUUGGUCAGAAAGCUGUGUUCCCGUGCGACCGCUGGCUGGAUAAAGGCAAAGAUGAUGGACAGUUGGAGAGAGAGCUGUUUCCUGGAGUGGACACCGAGGAAGCUUAUUCUCCGUGUAAGGAAAUCACUUCGUGUCGCCCCAUAUAUUACCCCACAUGUGUCACAUCACCUAUCGUUAAACCGUAUUACGUUACUUCACUUCACAGUUCAUCACAUUCCAGACUGUUACGUCACGCUAAUCAACAUGACAUGACAAAACGUCACGCCGGAUCACUUGUCACCAAAUCACACUGUGUUGAAUAAUGUGACAACAAUUUAGGGUGCUACGCUUCAUUACGUCACAGUAACGUAACAUCUUGUCAGGGCACGCUGCAUUGCAUCAAAUAAUAUUUUCCAACACGGAUAUCGUGUCACAUACUUCGUCGCGCGAAUUGAAACCUUAAGUUGUGUUUUUACGGAUCCUGAGUAUUGCGAAUUUCGACUGGAUUUGAUUGAUUUGAGGCCUUUUCGUUUGGAUCAGUUUGUGCUUAGAUAUACAUUUACCUAGUGAUGUUGCUAAUGUAUCUACGAACCUUUCAGAUGUGCCGUAUGAGAUGACUGUGUUCACAAGUGAUGUGAUGGGAGCUGGCACCUCAGCUCAUGUUUAUAUUGUACUAUACGGCUCUGACGGCUGCACUGAAGAGGUUAUGUUAGCAGACACGUCAAAGAAACAAAAGGAUUCCUUCAAGAGAGGAUCAACUGAUCAGUUUGUUAAGGAGGUACGUGUAUUAGGUUGGAAGAAAUGUAUAAUUAUUCACCUAAGUAGAGGUGAAUAGAUGGGGGUAUUUACUUAGCCGCGAGGCAAAUAUCCACCGCUAGCCGCUGAGGUGAAAAGUUGUUUUAGUAUAAACCAAAAGAAAUUCCUGCAGUGAUUUCAAUCCCGUGCGCGUUGCUCAGAGGUGAAUAGCCAAGGAUAUCCGGAGUUCGAGUGGCCAAUCAGCGUGUGCCUUCAACACUAUCUACUGUUGCUGUAUAUGACAAUUGUUAUUAGUAUAUACCACAAUGUGUCAAUUCAAGAUUCACGAACAAGCGCAAGCAAAAGAGAAUUGAGAACACAUUAUAUAUUGGGUUCCGUGGGUUUUUAUUCCGUGCACCGUAUGAUAUAACAGAUGUGUUGAUAUACAGAACAGUCAUGAUAAUGGUUGUACGCUCACACCUGCUAAUCGUAAUGAUGACUUGCUUUUUCAUACGUCUAUUUCUGUAUGAGAUUUAAUCACUUUUUUGCAGCUCGACAAUGUUGGUGAUGUGAUUGAAAAGAUUCGAAUCGGACACGACAACAAAGGCAUGACCCCUGGUUGGCAUCUUGACAAGGUAGAGGUACGACGCUUGAAAGAUGACGGCGAAUCUUCCACAACGUACACCUUCCCCUGCAAGAGAUGGCUGGCCAAGGAUGAAGACGAUGGAUCUGUUGUGCGAGAGCUGAUUCCUAAUAAGGUUAUCGAAGAAUCUGUAACGGAAGAUGGAGAAGUGGAAACUAAGGAGGUCGAUCAAGAGACGUUGGAACGUAAGUAGGCUCUACAAGAUGGGACCAUAACUGAAUUUCUUUGUAGAGACAGUAAAAAGCAGUUGUAGUUGGGAGAAGUUGCCAAGAUGGAAAGAUGCUAUUGUUGGUUUUUAUUCGUUCUCUAUGGUGAAGAGAAGUAAUUUGAACGGAUCCGGUCUCGACCUUAACAUUUCUCUCAAAUCGUAGCCUCUCUUGUUGUAAACGUUCCACAGUAAUGGUUUUUAAGAUUUGUUAAUGGUUCUUUUUUCGUGUGGCUCGAACUGAAAAGAUUGUAGUACCGGUAAUUUUUCCAAAUUUGCUCCUUAUUUGAGCAGUUUAUAGGUGCUAUAUCUCAUUCUGUUUUCUGCAGAAGAAUUUUCGGUUUUUUUGGGAGGGAUUUUACAGCCAGGCGCAAAGAUAUAUUAUAGUUCAGUUCAUAAUACGUGUUUUAAACCUUUUUACUCGUUCUCUUUGAUUUAUUGUUUUUCUUUGUUGUUUUACCUUCGUCUUGAACUAUUGUUUUCAGAUGAGUUCUACUAAAACUUACAAUUUACAUAUCAUUUUCAGUCCGCAAGUACAAAGUUCAUGUCUUUACUGGUGACGUCAAAGGCGCAGGAACAGAUGCUAAUGUUUUUAUCACCUUAUAUGGUGAAUAUGGUGACACAGGGGAGAGGCAACUUGCUAAGUCAGAGACAUACUCUAAUAAGUUUGAAAGGGGAAAUGUGAGUGUCGAAAUAGUCUUACCUGUGUGUUUGCAUUGGAAUUGAACUGACAUUAGCAUAAACUCAGCAACUGAAAUAGAAGAUGACAAGUAAUAUUUGAGGUGGAAUGUAUCCGAGCUUUGACUGAUAAGUGACGACGUGGCCCUAACAUAUAAAACUCAAUUUUAUUUUAGUCCCUUUUAAGAUACAAUUACCAAGUGUUUUCCAUGCCCAAACCGUUGCUACAUAAUGCCUCGUUACAGUCAGCUUUUCGGAUUUUAAAUUUUUUUUAGACAAUAUCUCUCACCAGGCUUUCUUUGUUUGUAAAAUUAUUCUUAAUAGUAUUCUUCCUUGCUUAACAGGAAGAUAUCUUCACCUUGGAAGCCGCCGAACUCGGGAAUGUUUUCAAGGUGAAGCUUCGACACGACAAUGCCAAUUUUAGUCCCUCCUGGUUUGUGGAUCGUGUCGAUGUUCGAGAUUUGGAAACAGACAAACUUUAUCCGUUCGUUUGCGAGAGAUGGCUUUCUAAAAAGAAAGAAGAAGGGAAAAUCCAACGAACGCUUUAUGUAAAAGGCUAUCAGGUAUACUUUACACAGCACGAUAAUUUUUAACCUUUUUUUUAAAUGAUGAAGAUAUGAACUAUUGCCUCGUACUCAGGACAUCUCCUUUCUAAGAUGGGCGCACUUAUUCCCGUGGUCCCCCGCGUUUCGCUCUCAUCGCCAGUCGCUCGCGUUUUCGUUCUCUUUCCAAUAAGUAUCUUCGAAAAUUAGUGAAGGAGGAUGUGUCUUACCUUAAAUUUGAAAUGAGUGCUGGCGGCUUAUUGCAGAAUAUAAGGUGUUACCUCAGAGCGCUUCCUUUUUUUCUUUUCCAGGGCGAACGCUCUACUCUUGGCACAAUGAGUCUGAGAUCUUUGAGCCAAAGCAGCCUCAGUCCCCGACGAAGUAGUCGCGGAAGCCUCGCCAGCAGCCGAGGGUCUCUAGGAAGAAGCAACGAAAGUUUACCAACAGCGAACCGAAGUGCGACAGCUGAUGCCAUUUUCAUGGAAGAAUUUGGCCAAGGUGAUAAAGAUGCAGCAGCUGUUCGUGAAGGUAAAGUCAAACUCUAGCUCAAAAAAUCUAUGCUCUUCUUUGAUUGCCAUGCCUUCUAUUUUAAUUGCAAUGAAGAGAUUUUGCCGUUACAUACGCGGAGUGAGGUGAUUGUGCUUAAUCUAACUGCAGUUCCAAUAUGAUCCGAAGCUUUUGAACAGUAGCAUUUUUUUUGACAAAUUUCAUCUUUGUAUCUGUUCUAUAUAAUUAUUUGUUUGUGUUUACGUUUUUGUUUUUGUUUUCAUAGCCUGCUCUGUAGAGGGAAUUAUCGUUCUUUUUUUAGUUUCCUAGAAACAAAUUAUUCUGGCAAAUUUCCGAUCUGUGUAUCAUUUCUCUAUAAUUUUUGUUUACUUUUUUGUUUGUUUGUUUGUUUUUUUUUAUAGCCUUCUCUGUAGAGGGUGGAAACUUAUCUUUGUUUAUUUUGUCUCAGCUAUUGCCUACACCAUCCGCGUGACCACAGGCGACCAAUCAGACGCUGGCACCAAAGCGCAGGCACACAUAGUUUUGAUAGGAAGUGAAGCGGCCACGGAAAAGAUCCCAUUAGCACUGAUUCAGAGAGAUGGGUUCACCCCUGGCCUCACUGAGACGUUUUCAGUGGAAGCUGUAGAUGUUGGAGAAGUGAAGAAAGUUGAGAUAUCCAACAACGGUUACGGAGCGGACAGCGGCUGGUUUGUGAAGGAAGUAGAGGUGGAUGUACCCACUAGUGGUAAGAAAUACUUCUUCCCGUGCAACAGGUGGCUGUCACAGAACAAGGAGGAUGGAAAGGUGGUACGCGUGCUGUCUGCGUCAGAUGAUCAUCUGGUUACUUACAAACCACGUGAGUUACUCGCAGUGAAAUUUUGAAGUUUUCGUACGAAAACUGUUUUGAAGCUAAGUUCGUGAAUGUAACGUCGGUGAAAGAAUAAACUUGGAUUCUCUUCGCUCGUCAAUGCCAAAUCGACCCCAUCAUCCCUUUUCUCAGUUAGAGAAGAAAAAGGCAAAAUUAAAACGAAAACCAGACAGCAAAGCCGCACCCAAUGUUUAACUGCACUCACUGGGACUCACACAAUCGACUUUCGCUUUGACAUGGUCUUUUUGGUCGAAACUUUGCCAUUUCAGUUCCAAUACUUGGAAUACUUCUUGCCACGAAUUCUAACAAGAAAAAGCUUUCAAUAUCUUGGAGACUAAUUAUUUUCUUGGGGCGAGGGAAAUAAUUUCCCUUUUCCACGUUUGUAGCACUCUCGUUAGUAGUGUUGGAUUUGGUAGCGGUCUUGUAGUUAGUCUGAUAGGCCCUCGUUUUUGACUAGAUACACCCAGGAAAACGCUGGUGUUAACCGUGAGAAAAAUAAUGUGCUAUUGACAUAAGUUGUAUUGGUUUUUUGGUAUAAACGAUUGUUUUUGGUGAUAAUGAAGUCAAUUAUUUCCUUCCAGAUGUGCAAUAUGAGAUAGAGGUGUACACAGGGGACGUAAAAUCAGCUGGAACAGACUCUACUAUAUCCAUGACAAUGUUUGGCACUGAUGGCACCACUCCAGAGUUUGUACUCGAUAAAGACGAGUCGCGGUUUGAACGAGGAGGAGUGGAUCUGAUUAAAAUGGACUUGUAUGAUGUGGGAAAACUGCUUAAAGUCAGGAUCGCAGUCGAUGGUAAAGGCACUCGUCAUGAUUGGUUUUUGGAAAAGGUAUGAAUUUUGAACCAACAGUUGACGAUUCAGUCAGGUACAUUCGUACUGAUAGGAGGUACAAGAGAUCAUGCGAGUUUUUUCCCCUCAAUAGAUUAUCAUACGGAACAUGGAGACACAUUGUGUGAGCGUUUUCAAGUCUAACCAGUGGUUUUCCAAAACAGAAGGCGAUGGCAAACUUGUUAAAGAGAUUCCCGCUGAGGUUGACGGAGAGGAAUUACUCAAAAGUAAGUGCCUACAGAAGCUGGUGGAUCAAAUGACCGAGGACUGAAUAUCUAACCUUUAUUUCAAGAUUUACUCCCUUUGUUCAUCGUUCUAUGGAGUCAACCAUCUUUAAGACAUGUAAUGUAAAGCGCAUUAGAUCAUUUACUUAUAACGAAUUUUGUGCUAAAAAUUAAAAUUUAUUAUUAAAUUAUUAAAUUUAGUAUUAAAUUUGUUUUAUUUUAUUAUUAAAAUCUGAGAAUUUAACCGAUGCUUACCUACAGAUUUAUUUAUACAAAAUUCACCGAUCUAACAGUUACAACGUUUAAAAAGUCUUAACUUUCUAACAAUUCAAAGCUUUUUUACGCGCUUCAAGAGUUUGAUCUCUUUUGCUUUUAUUUAACCAGUUAUUCUUGUGCAAUCACCAGAAUCGCCAUCACUAGUAAUAUACCAAAAUUAGCCUUUAUUUCACAAGACCAUGUUUUCUUUUUAUCUAUUUAGCGAGUUGUGAGAGUACAGUUAGACGAAUUUUAUUCACGUUGCCGUGAAAUUGGUGACGUUAUCUUGUGUGAUCGAUAACACCUUUUCGUUACAAGUUAAGGAGUUGAUCACUUUUCUAAAUUAAGAACUUAUUCCACAACUUUUUCGAAACAGGAACUUCAUAUAAAGUUAACGUGAAGACGGGCGAUGUGCUGGGAGCCGGAACUGAUGCGAACGUGUUCAUGGUGAUAUUUGGAGAACAUGGAGAUAGCGGAGAAUUGGCUUUAAAGAAUUCUGAAACAUACAAAGACAAGUUUGAAAGGAAUCAUACCGACGUGUUUAGCUUCAAAAAUUUCCUAAGUUUGGGUGAGUGUAAAGUGAAGUGACUGGCGGAAAGAAGCUCUGUUCUUCAUGGACCAAAGCAAAUAGCAUUAAAGCAACUCUUUUACGAAGAAUUUCCAUGCCUGACUUUUGUGACAUCUAGACCAGAAGAUUUUAAAACAGUCUUAAGUUUGACCCUUCUGGAAUUUUUUUUUUUGUAUUGCUCCAUAUGUUAUCUACUGGUAUAAGUUGCCCGAAAUAGUUUAACUCUGAAACGCUACGGUGGCCAGGUUGUCUUGGAAGGUACUAGAAUUUCUGUUCUGGACUAAAUUUUAGCAAAUCAAUUCAGCUGAGUUACCUAGCUUAGUUUAUCGCGGAAGCGUUGUGUUUCAGUUCUCACGCGAUUGUAACAGAAAUUAUGAAAACCUGUUUGGACUGUAUUUCACUGUUUGGAGCCAAUGGUUGAGUCUAUAAGUAUGUAUUCUUACAGCUGUGUGAUAAAUCUGUUACAUUCUUUUCCUCAUCGAUGUAGAUUUUAGUUUCAUGCGAAACUCUCUCUUUGUAGGUGAACUUACUAAAGUCCGUAUCUGGCACGACAAUAAAUUUCUCAAAGCAAACUGGUUUCUUGAAAGUGUGGAAAUCAUCAACGAAUCCAAUGAUGAAAAAUACUUAUUUCCUUGUAAUCGGUGGCUGGCCAAGGAUAAAGACGACGGAAGCCUGGUACGAGAGCUAACAUGCGCAAAUGCUAAGAAGAGUACCGACUCGCGAGCGCCCACAAGUGAGUAUUAGCCGCUCUCCCACCCCUUGAGGGUAUUUUAUUCCAUAAAACGAAAUAUGUUAUUGUGUAAUCAAACAGAUCAUGUUCGUGACUCAACAGAAAUCCUGCUUAAUACUUGCUUCGACCAAUCCCUAUCAACGUUAUGUAGUUUUCCCUAUAAGACGACGGAAGCGCAGACCAACUAACUGAUUGAAGGACCUUGGCGUAUAUCUCUUACUAUGAAUAAGUAAAAAACAUUUCUUUAGAUAUAAGAUACAACUGAUCAUGAAACCCAAAUUGGUUUCCAAUGAUGUUUGCAGCUCUAACAGUUAUAGACGUGGUGUGAUUCGGUUCAAAAAUGUACUUGCCCCACGACUAUAAACAUCUCUCUCAUAAUUCCUUUUUUGAUUCCCUUUUUGUAGCCUUUGAACUUACUUUCCUUACAAGUGACAAGCAACAUGCCGGGACAACCCAGAAUGCUUGGAUCGUACUUGAAGGAGAAGAGAGGAAAUCUCAGGAAUACCCGAUAGAAAACAGCGCAAAGAAUAAAGUUCUACGUAGAGGACAAACAGACACAUUUAAAUUUGCGACCAGAAGUCUUGGGAAUCUUACUCACGUGACACUGGGACAUCGAAGACGGCAGGGAUCUGUUGUCAAGGGAACUGGGAAAGAGACUGGUUGGUUCUUACAUGAAGUGAUUGUGACCAACCCUGAGACAGGGGAAAAGUAAGCUCUCUGUUGACUCUGUUUAACCUAACUUGAAUUGUUUCUUAGGUAAAACGGAAAUUUAAUUAUUUUGAAGGACUCUUGGAGUUAGCGACAAACCAUUUAACUUGGACGGUCUAUGUUUAAAAAGAAUAUAUCUCUGUUUUAAAUGCAGUAAAUGUCAUCAAAAGUAUUUACAGAGCAACAACUGGUAACGAGAUGCAGCCAACAUCACGCAGCAUAUGUGACUAAGCACUUGAAGUGACAUAGUGUUGUUGUUAUUUUUAUUAUUGUUUUUGUUGUUUCCUGUAAUUUUGCGUUUGUUUCCAUGAAAGCAUCGUGUAGUGUCUUCCCUAUCGUUAAUUCUGCUAUUUCACUGAUACAAGUAUUUUUAUCUAGCAUAGCUGAAAAGUGAGAUUGUGAGUGGCCUUCAUGUCGUAUUGUUUAUAAGAUUGUAAUCACUUAAUUUCAUUUGAUUACAGAUACGUGUUUCCUUGCCGUCAGUGGAUUCCUCUCAGCGAUGACAAGAAUGAUGCAGUUCGUUUAGAGUGCAAGUCAUCAGAGAAACCAAAGUCAGCAACCAUUAGAGGUAAAAGAUGCUUAAAUCAAAGGGAUCCUCUAUAGUUACAGAUUAUUGUCCCUCAGAGGUGUUGCCGCUACGUAUUUCUCUUCGUUCUGCGAAUAUAUUUGUAAACUGAUUUCAUUACCGCGGGUAACGGACAUUGAUGUAACGUCUUUUUACCUCAUUUUUAUCUUUUCUUUUCUCGUUUUAGACCUUCAACCCGUCCAGUAUCUAAUAGAAGUCUUUACCGCUGAUGUAGCACACGCAGGUACGGAUGCCAACGUCUCCAUCCUCUUAUAUGGCGCGAACGGUGACACUGGGCAGAGACAGCUGAGUAAAAAGUUCGUCAACUUGUUCGAGAGAGGAAAAGUGGACGACUUUAAAAUUGAAGCACUGGAUCUUGGUCAGCUUACACGUUUGCGUAUAGAACAUGACAACAAAGGUUUUGGAGCCGGCUGGAUGUUAGAGAAAGUGGACAUCACAAAUCUCACGAGUCAAGAAAAAGUGACUUUUCCUUGCAGUCAGUGGCUUGACAAGAAGAAAGGAGAUGGAAAGAUCUGUCGAGAUCUGCUCCCAUUAACGAAAUGACCUCUGUGAUCCCUUUGCAGCUCUGUCAUUUUAAAAGUAGUAGUAUUCGUCGUCUCCUGUAAAAAUGACUUCACCUUUCUUCAAGGAAUACCCACAGAAGCAGCAUUGGCAUGAGCUCUCUGUUGGGAUUCUUUGAGAUUUAUGUAAUUAUGUGCUCAUUUUUUGUAAAAACACUUAAAACAGUUAUUUAUGGACACGGGAAUACAAAUUAUUUUGAACUGUAGAAUUUGAUAUUUAUGCGCUAACCUUGGCAAUAUAAACUGUAUAAGAGUGGGAUAAUUGAGGCAAAGAUUAUUCUCCACAUGCUAAGGCAGUCUUUUCUCAGCGUCACAAUGACAAAGGUCUGCGUAAUACGUACUAACAAGCAAGAGCGUGGACAUCAUGGCGACAUAUCAGCUAUGAACUUAGCGAACAUGAGAGAAAAAGAUUAGGAAAAUAGUGGAAAUGAUAAGAAAAGUAAAAUAGUAAUGUUGCAAUUGAAUACAUAAUGUUGUAUCGAUGUGUAAUUGAUGUUUUUAAUGUGGUUAUUUAUGAUAUCUAGGACUCUAAGGUUUUUUUUGUCAUCUUCCAAUCGAGAACAAAAUUGCUUAUUUUUGUUGCGUCAGUCAAAUGUGUCAAGUUUGUCUAGGUAGGAGGCUCCACUUGCGUGCACCUUGUUUAUUCAUUAAUUACUUAAAUCGGUAUUUAGUCGGUAUUUAGUCGUAUGUGCCACCAUUCUUUGCAUUUUAAUAAGCGCCAUAUUCGUUAAUUUAUACUGUAAACGCGAAGGCGCCCUCUAAAAGGAGAGGUGCUCUAGGUACUUACCUUUGGAUCAUUUUUUAAUCAACCGUCGUGGCAUACAUGCGCGUCUAUAUUCAAAACAGUUUGAGCUGCAGCCGAUCCAAAGCGAGUGAACAGCAGGUUGAUUUCUCAAAAGCUCUCAUAAGUUUCUACGUUUUCAUCACAAUGUAAAAAAAUUUGUCAAGGUUUUUAUUUCCUUCCGCCAUUCAAAACCGUCUUCGUUUGUGGCGGUAAAUUUAAAAUUCGAAAUGAUUCACUUGCCAUCACGUAUAUAAUAUUAACACAGUGUAAUUUACAUUUGAGCUUAAACCAAGGGGCGGAGCCAACCAACCGUGUUAUUGCUUGACGACAGCUGACAAAGAGUCACACUGUCUGUCCGCAUGGGUGACAGGCAAGUGGAAGCUUUUUUUACUUUAUUGAGCAUUUGAAAUAAGAAAAAGACAUGACCGAAAUUUGACACCUUCCUCUUGAAGUCACUGAACCUCCAAAAAUGCGCACGCAGAGCACGAGUCUUACAUCCGGGACCUUCUGGAGACCAAGUUUCAUUUUCAUUUAAUGAUGAGCUUUUUUUUACUUUUUAUCCUCAAGAGAGAACAUAAUUGCUCAAAUGCACCUGCUCAUUCAAAAAUUCAAAUUAUGGCUCAACAAAAUACUAUUUUGUUGAAAUGCAACCGAUGACAGUGUAAUCGGUUGCAUUUCUAAGUGUAAUGAUGAGGAUAAUUUUAAAAUCGUUACAAUUUAGCUGGCAGACUUUCUGAAAGAUAGGCUUCAUAUAUAUGAUGUAACACUACCGCCGCGGUUAAAGCACACGCUGUCCACAGAGAUGGUGUGACGACUCCUAAAAUAGGGGCGCUAAGAAGAACACAAGCAAAAGGAAAUAGCACAACCAAAAUAUGCUCACUAUGUACACUGCUGUUAAUAAAGACUUCCUCGCUCUUGACUCUAAAAUCGAC